GCCAUUUCUCCCAGGGAUUGGGGAGAAGUUUCUGUUCUGAUCCGGAGGUGCCAGGUGGGGAGUGCUUGGUGUUGCCCAGUGGUUAUUGCUUUCUGUUUUUACCCCUUCCCCUACAACUGUACCCCGCGUCAACUGCUGACGGGGUAAGCAUUACCAAUGUCCUCAGGAGCAUCUUCAGGUCAAAGAUCAAGAGUUUCUCAUGACACUCGUAGGAAUCGUGAAAGAGUGUCUCAAUAUGAUGAGGUCCCUCGAGAAGGACAGCAUUCGCAUCUGUCUCAGCAGGAGAACUUUCUCCCUGUAUCAGAUUCUAAAUGUCUUCAGGACUGUAAUUUAGCAGACAGUGCAGACCCACUGCCACCACCACCUCUGCCUCUGCAGCCACCUGUAGGUCCUGAAUUUUAUUUAGCUGAAAGUGAUGACCCUGUGACUUCUCUAGAGUUGAAACCAGUAAGACGUUUCAUCCCAGAUUCUGUGAAAAACUUGUUCAAAAGUAAAAACGAUGAUCAACAGUGGAAUACAGCACCUCCAACCAAUUACAUUAGUGAGGGAGUGGAAUGUUCGCCACCUGCCUCUCCCACUCCUUCUUCUAAAGAACAAUCCAGAGUAGAUGAACAGAAAUCGGCUAGUUCUUACAGGGACCCAUAUGGAGGCUCUGGAGGGAGCUAUAACUCUCGGAAAGAAACUGAAGUCAUGUUGCCUCGAGAUCCCUAUGAUUCGUUGGAUCGUCAUACCCGCACGGUGCAGAGCUACAGUGAGAAGGUGCAGGUGUACCACAUGAAAUACUCCUACAUGAAGUCAUGGGCUGGUUUAUUGAGAAUCUUGGGUGUAGUUCAGUUACUAUCUGGAGCAGCUGUAUUUGCCUGUGUCUGUGCUUACAUACAUAAGGACAAUGAGUGGUACAAUAUGUUUGGUUACUCACGUCCAUAUAGUCAUGUUGCCAACAGUCUGCAAGGAGGAUACUAUUAUGAUGGACCAAAAACUCCUUUUGUCAUUGUCGUUGCAGGCUUGGCAUGGGUUGCCACCAUUAUUUUACUCGUACUGGGUAUGUCCAUGUAUUAUCGGACUAUUUUACUGGAUUCCAACUGGUGGCCACUGACUGAGUUUGCCAUUAAUAUUGUCCUGUUUAUUCUCUUCCUGGCUGCUGCUAUAGUGUAUUUAAAUGACAUGAAUCGUGGUGGGCUUUGUUAUUAUCCUCUCUUCAACACUCCAAUAAAUUCUACGUUUUGUCGUGUAGAAGGGGGACAAAUUGCUGCAGUCAUCUUCCUGUUUGCUACAAUGUUUCUUUAUCUCAUCAGUUCAAUUGUGUGCCUAAAGCUUUGGAGGCAUGAGGCAAAGAGGAAACAAAAAGAAUAUGCAGAAUAUGAGAUGAGAAGUACAGAGGCUGGUACAUCAGUGGAACCGAGUGCGUUGGGAGUUAACGGUGAUAGAUCUGUAGCUGUUGAUACAAACCAGAAAGAAUUGCGACCAGGUGAAAUGAAACCUAUGGUACUAAGUGGAUAUAUUCCUGCAGGGCAUAUUCCGAAACCACUUGUGAUGGCUGACUACGUAGCUAAAUAUCCUUCUAUUCGAACCCCUGAAGAACGUGAACGUUACAAAGCUGUAUUUAAUGACCAGCAUGCAGAGUACAAAGAGCUUCAUGCAGAAGUACAAACUGUUCUGAAAAAGUUCAGUGAAAUGGAUGCUAUGAUGAGCAGACUUCCUCAACAUGCAGAGACCCAACAGGAGUAUGACAGGAUCACAAAAGUUUUCCAUGAAUAUCAGAAGAAAAAAAAUGAUCCUACAUUCCUGGAGAAAAAAGAACGCUGUGAAUAUUUGAAAAACAAACUCUCUCAUAUCAAACAGAGGAUUCAAGAAUAUGACAAAGUCAUGAACUGGAAUGCUAACAUCGUCAACAUGUCGUCGGGGCGAAUGUACGACAGCCCACCUCCUUACCACCCUGGUAGCGAAUACAACCAUGGCUCAGUCUAUGCACCGAGCAAGGAUCUAUAUGAUGGCGAGAUACGGUCCCAGCCAGCUGGCUCCUAUUAUCCAGAUGAAACACAACACUUCUACAAAUGGACUUCCCCUCCAGGAAUUAUCAAAAUUUUAGCAAUCAUUAUCAUUGUGAUGAGCAUCGGAAUCUUUGCAUGUGUGGCAUCAACUUUACCCUGGGACAUGGACUAUUAUGGAGGAGGGAUGGGAGUAGGAAAUGGCAUGGGAUAUGGAGGCUAUGGAGGAUAUGGGGGUGUUGGUACAGGCUAUGGAUCUGGUACAGGCUACGGGUAUGGUGCUGGAGUUGGAGCGUAUGGAUAUGGAGGUGGCUACACUGAUCCACGAGCUGCCAAAGGCUUCAUGAUCGCACUAGCUGCUGUCAGUUUUAUAGCACUCUUGGUUGUCUUUAUUAUACUCGUUUCUGGAGCCGGCCUUUCAAGAACUAGGAAGUUCUAUUUAAUUCUGAUGAUCUUGUGUGCAGUCAUUGGCUUUAUAAUGUUUGUGGCUACGAUAGUCUACAUCAUGGGAGUAAAUCCAACAGCGCAGGCUGCUGGAUCGGUAUUCUACAAUCAGUUACUGACUCUCUGCAACCAGUUCUACAUCCCAUCCACCACUGGUGUCUUCACAAAUCAAUACCUCUAUCACUACUGUGUGGUAGAACCACAAGAGGCUCUUGCAAUUGUGAUGGGAUUCCUGAUUAUUAUAGCUUUAGGACUAAUCAUCUUCUUUGCCUAUAAAACACGAAGCAAGAUCACCAGAUAUGGUAAAGAAAACGUCCUGUGGAAUAAGGAACGUAUGAACGAUGAGGCACCUCCUAAUGUUGAAGAGUGGGUGAAUAAUGUGUCUGGGGUUCCUGAAGAAUUAGUAGAAGAGGGAUACCCGUACAAACCUAAUGGCUCACUGAAUGGACCAAACUAUGAGCCCAAUGGAGAAAACAGGACAUGGUCUGAUAAUGUUCGACCAACUCAUGUCCCUGAAGUUUCAGUUCCACUCAUGCGUGAGAAGCCAGGUCAACAUUCAUCUAGCAGAGAGUCUGAUGAAAGUAAACCAUCACAAAGGAGGCCACCUAGGAAGAGGAGGCCAGGAAGAGCAAAAAGACCAGAGAAUGAGGACUGUGACACAGACUACACAACUGGUGCAGAAUCCUGUGAUGAAUUAGAUGAGGACGAUUUGGAAAGUCAAUACCCACCUAUCUCUUCAGAUCAACAGAGACAAGAUUACAAGAGGGAGUUUGACAAUGAUCAUCAGCAGUACAAACGUCUACAGGCUGAAAUUGAUGAAAUUAACAAAAUGUUUUCCCAGUUGGACAAGGAGAUUGACGAGACUGAGGAUGAUGAGCAGUACCAGAUUGUUGCUGCUGAAUACAAUAGACUAAAAGAAGUGAAGAAUUCUGCUGAUUUUAGGGCAAAGAAGAAGCAUUGCAAGCAACUUAAGUUGAAAUUAUCUCACAUCAAGCAAAUGGUCAGCAACUAUGACAACCAAAGAUCCUGAAUGCCAAAUUCUGAAGCUACUGUCAACUGUUUCGUGCAAAAUUAAAACUGACCGUUCAUUUGCUUACGGUGUGGCCAUUUAUUGUAACACAUGAAAUGUAAUGCCAGUUUUAUAGGCCAAAAGUAAACAUAAUCACAUGAUUUCAAAUAUUUUCCUGCCUUUCAAACACUUUCGUUUUAUCGAGGCAUGAGAGUUUUAAAACAGUUAGAACUUGAUAAACCUCUGCUAUAAUUUGUUUUGUUGUAAAACAUUUUAAUGUGAGUUAUAAAUAGGGACAGAAGUUCCCCUUUUGCAACAGCUAUUUGAAAUGAUUCCUGAUACUUAGUUUUACUAAAACUCUGUACAUUAGCUUAAAUAGAACAAGUUACAUUUAGAUCAAUGUUCAUUUGUUAUAUACUGUACAAUGAUUAUUUCUUUUUGUGAGGGUUUUGUCUUAAUAAUUAGGACUUGUUCUCUAACCAGGUAUCUGAUGCUAUUUAAACACAAAUAGCGUUAAUAUUGUAAUUAAAAAUGCUGAAUUUGGGAAAGUGACAUUAUGCACCAUAGACUUACCAAUCAGUCAAACAAUCUAUUCAUGUGAGUCAUUGAAAGUUGAAACACAAUUAUGGUCCAAUCUAAUGUUGAUGAUCAUGUGUAAAAAUGCUUUAAUUAUAUUUUAAUACAGGAUAACAAAUAAUUUUUGCAAUUAUUACGAGGCAAUAUUGAUGUCAUGGCUCCAGUGUUUUUGUCUUGGAAAAUAGCCUACCUAUUGUACCAUAUCCAGGGUAAAUAACUGCAAGCAAAUACAGCUGAAACUUGGAUGCAAAUUAUUUUUUUAUUGUUCAACAGAUAAAAUAUUUUGUUUCUAUAAUAAAUUCAUUUUUUAAUGUUUUCAUUACAAGGAGUUUUACUGUAUUUCAAGAUAAUUAUGGUAAAUUGCAAAUUGUCUUAAAAUGAGACCUCCGAAUUUUUAAAAAGAUUGCAAAUGCUCUACUUACAUAAGAUAUAUUUUUAACUAUUGCUAAAAUGUUGGCAGCAAUUUGCAUUUUUCAACAAUUGUAUUUCUCUAUAACCAUUAAAUAAAUACAACGGUUUAAUCAUAACUUAAAGUUA